AUGGACAUCACCAACUUCGUGGUUUCCGCGAGGAACCAGGCUCUACUCUACGGCGACUACGCUACUUACCACAGGCAGCUGACCCAGAAGCUGCUCAACUCGCGCAAGAGACUGAAGAUCUCGACCAAGAACAGAGCAAAGUACAGCAAGAAGCCCACCGUCACGGCCGCCCAGAUCUCGCAGAACCAUGAGGCUCUUCACCUCCUGCUACUGACGGCCGAGCGGGCAUGGGCCCAAGCUAUGCGCUACAAGGCCGUGCACGCGACCGAGACGAAAGGUAUCGCCGGCCGUACGCGCUCCCAUAUUAUAUCGAGACUGGACAAGGGUGCUCGCACCGCUGAAUAUCUCGUCGAAAUCCUCUCUGAUACCUCGGCGAGCGGGGCGAGCGACACCGAUAUCUUAGAAGCCCGAGCCUAUGCUUCAAUGCUCAGGGGAGCCACGAACUUUGAGCAGCAGAAGUGGGAGCCUUGUCUGAGAAGCUAUGCUACGGCACGCAUCAUCUUCAAUGCCCUUUCCGCUUCCAUGAAAGGGGAUAUCUUUAAGGACCUCUUAUCCGAGACCAUCGAUCCCUCGAUCCGAUACGCUGCCUACCAGAGCAAGGUCCCGCGGACCUUGGCUAUACCUACCAUUUCACGGAAGGCCUUCCCUUCUUCGGACAAAUCCCUUGUGGACAAGAUCAACAAACUGGCACCAAACCUGCUCCAGGAGAGUGAUUCAGAUGCCCAGAAAGGUCAAAUUGACGCCCCGAGCGCACCGCAGACCAUUGCAUGGAGAGGCCGGGAAGUAAAGAUUGAAGAUGCUGCUAUUGCGCUCGCCUUGGCCUCGACCGAUUCGGCCAUCGCUCAGUUGGCCGAGAAGCUAGCGUCUUCUGAUGUUACGCUGCCAAAGGAGAUGGCAGCAGCGUACGAUGGAGUCCUUAUAGCUAGUCAGGAUGCAGCAGAUGCCACUAAGCAUGCUAUCGAUGAGUUGAGGGAGGAGGGUGUGUCCCAAAGCGAUCCCCGCGUGCAGAGUCUCCAGAUCACUCGCACAGCUGUCAACUACCAAACGAUUAGCUGGAGAAUCGGCCGCAAUCGGGUAUUGAGUGGAGAGCAUGACGGUGCUCUCCUUGACUCUGCCCCCAACACGACUCGGAAGUCCAAGAAGGACGCCUCUUCGCGAAAACCGAAGAUAGAACCUCCCGGCAGGAAGAUCGCUCGGCUGAAAGAGAAGCUCGUUCUGUACGACUCCACGUUGCAAAGUGUUGACUCGAUCAAGGAGUUGCCGGGUGUUGCCGCAGAUGAAGAUCUACUUCAGCAGCUAGACGCCACUGCCAAAUAUUUCCAAGCUCUGAAGUCUCUGUCAAUAGCACGCUCGCACUCGCUGAGCAGCCAAUCACUCAAUGCUCUGGCUCUUACCAAGCAUGCGUUUGACCAAGGGCAGCAAUCUGCCGCAUUCUUCUCCAAGCAUGGCACUUCUGCCUUAGAGUCGACUCCACGAAACAUAGAUGUUCGCAAGGCUGAUAUUCAGUUUCUUCAUAGCCUUCUCAGGGGAGAACUUCAGCGGUGUCGCGCCAUCGUUGAAAUUGACAAUAUACGAGAGAAGUCGAAGUCGACAGCGUCAAAGGUCAAGGCGCCUUUGGUGGACAGGCUAUUCGAGUAUCCAGAAGAAGGCGCAGACCUCACAAACCUGGUCGACUACCCUCCCAAAGUCCAGCCGAUUCCGGUCAAGCCGCUAUUCUUUGACGCUGCCUGGAACUACAUCGACUACCCUGGGAAGGCGCCGGCCGCUGCUGCUGAAUCUGAUGAGAAGUCUACAGAGGCCCCUGAGCCUAAGAAGAAGGGAUGGUUCGGGUUUGGAAGAUAG